ACAGAGAAAGAGGGAGGGGUAGGGGUAGGGAGAGAGAGAGAGAGAGAGAGAAAAGGAAACCAGUCUGUCUGAAAAAGCAAGAGCGGUGGAGCCAAGAAUUUCAGCUGCAGGGGAGUGGGAGAGUUUGCCCUCUCUCCGGAGAGUUGCAACAAAGAGCCAGCAUCACGUUGCAGCGAGAAGCACCCUGUAUAAAACAUGGAGAGAAGGGAGCAACACGGCCACAGCAGAGAAGGGAACAACACCAAGACUAUGGCCAGUUCACACGAUGGUUCCUCACACGUUAUUAAUGUUGUCUUCCUGAUGCUCCUCAUCGAUUUGCUUGGGUUUACUCUUAUCCUACCACUCCUGCCCUCCAUCUUGGACUACUACGGAAAGACUGACCACGAUGGUGUUUAUCGAUGGCUGCAACACUCUGUGGACUGGUUUGCUGAUGUGAUUGGGGUCCCCAGUGUAAGGAAAUAUAAUACUGUCCUCUUUGGGGGGCUCAUUGGAUCCAUCUUCUCGGUGCUGCAGUUCGUCGUCUCUCCAGUAACCGGCGCUGCCUCUGACUACUUUGGCCGCAGGAUGUUGAUGCUGGUGACCACGGUCGGCCUCAUUGUUUCGUACGGACUGUGGGCUCUCUCGAGGAGCUUCGGCAUUUUCUUUCUGUCCCGAGUGGUAGGAGGGGUCAGCAAGGGGAACGUCAGCUUGUCGACGGCCAUAAUCGCUGACCUGCAGUCCCCCACGGCACGCAGCAAGGGCAUGGCAAUGAUCGGUGUGGCUUUCUCCCUGGGCUUCACCAUUGGGCCCAUGAUUGGAGCCUUCCUUGGAUCACGUGCUGGCAAGGAUGAAGCCUUCUACGUCCAACCUGCGCUGCUGGCAAUGACAUUCGUGGUGUCGGAUCUACUCUUCAUCUUCUUCUUCCUCCCAGAGACCCUCCCAAGAGAGAAGCGGAUCUCCUCGGUCUCUUCUACCUUCCAGAAUGCUGUGGACCUUCUCAGCCCAGUGGCACUGUUUCAAUUCUCCGCCAUCCAACGAAGGAGGGAUUCUCCUUCUCCAGAAGGUAUGCAGGCUCUGAAAGUCCUGGGGCUGGUUUACUUCCUCUACCUCUUUCUGUUCUCUGGCCUGGAGUACACCCUCAGCUUCCUCACCCAUCAACGCUUCCAAUUUGACAGCAUGCAACAAGGGAAAAUGUUCUUCUUUGUGGGGAUUACAAUGGCACUGGUCCAGGGGGGAUAUGCUCGGAGGAUCAAACCAGGAAAUGAGGUCAAAGCGGUGAGGAGGGCAAUAUCUGUGCUGAUCCCGGGUUUCCUCCUCAUCGGCUGGGCCAGUUCAGUGCUGGUACUGUAUAUUGGACUCCUCUUUUACUCAUGUGCUGCUGCUAUCGUUAUCCCCUGCCUGUCUGCCCUGGUAGCUGGAUAUGGUGCAGCUAAUCAAAAAGGAACAGUGAUGGGAAUACUUCGCAGUUUGGGGGCUCUAGCCCGAGCUUUGGGACCAACCUUGGCAGCUACAGUUUACUGGCUGGGAGGUGCCGAGGUGUGCUUUACUGCAGCAGCCGCUGCCUUCCUCCUCCCUCUCGCACUCCUUGCAAUACCCAAAGCAAAGAAAGCCGAGUGACGACCAGAAACCUGAAGAGAACCAGGGGGAGAAAAGCUUGACCUACGUAAACUUCAAGAGGACGGCAUGGAUUCCCUUCAAGCAACUGCAAGCUGCCUUUAAAGCAAAAUCUGGCAGUAGCUGGUUGAUUUUAUAACAUCUCCAGCUGGGAACAUCACAGCAAUUGAAGAUCAGGAAAACUGUCUGUCCAAAGUAGAAAUGCAUUUAGUGGGUCGAGUAUAAAGGACUUCCAUAAAAUAACUUGUUACAGGGCUGUUAGAAAUUCUUUUUCUCCCUCCUGUUGGAUACUUUUUGUAUGUUGGUUGCUCCCCCUCCUUGGGUGGGAAUGUGGUACAAUGGAAUCUUGCAUUAUCCCAUCUGGAGGUUAAGUGUGUGAUUUGGAAGAUUAAUGACCAGUGAGCCAUUAUUUGAUUCCUUACUUAUGGGCCCGGUUGGCUAUAAUCACACUGCCCAAAUUGGGUUACUCCUGAGUAUGAUUGGAGGGCAUGGAAUGAGAGAUAUUUAACAGCAGAUAUACUCAACAUCCAGCUAUCGACAUAACUGUCCUGGGUGGGAAGAGUGAAGUCACAAGGAAAACCAUUUUAAUUUGGAAGAGAAAAUUAUAUUCUUGCAGGAUUCUCCUUCUCUCCCAUUUACUACCACUUUUCAGAAUGUGGGUUCAAGCUUAGCUCUAGAGACAAGUUCAAGACCCACUGUGGAAGCUGGGGAAUUUAAAUUCAGGAACAGCGGUGAUGGCGACACUGAAACUACAAGAUUGUCAUAAAUGCCCCUUCAGGGAAAGAAAUCUGCUCAGACAGUCUGACCAAUCCAUGACUCCAGAUUUUUAAUGCUCUUAACUUAUUCUGUUCAGAGUUGAUUCUGGAUGAAUCUUAAAUGCUGGCCUUAAUAGCAAAGCUAAAAUCAUGAAUUAACAAUGAGCUGUUCACGACCACUCCAAAGACAAGUGGGAGUGUUCCACUGUCACCUUCCUCCACUCCCAUAAUCACCAACCUCCAUUCGCAAGCACUGGCUGUGCCUUCAGCUGCCUACGUGCUGGAACUCCUCCUUUGUCUUCAAUAUCAAUCUCUUUAGCUGCUUAUGACUACCUGACUUAUGUACAGUCCAUACAUUUGGGAGACCAGUGGUAUGCAUUUGCCAGCUGCUUGCAGGGCUGCAGGCACCUUCUGCUGGGUGGGAACUUGGUUCAUGGCCACACUUCUGACUUGCAAACUGUUCAGGUUACAAACAGUUCACAGGAGCGGAACCCUGCCUUAACCUGGGAGGACCUGUACAACAGUUUCACCAGAAAGCCCCGGAGGCUGCAUAAGUACAUUUUCAAGUGAAAAUCGAAUACUAGUCUUUGGCCAUUUUACUUUAACCCAUCAGGACCUCCUGUAAGCAUAUUCAUAUUCAAUGUUCACGUGAAAACUGUCACUCUUUUAAGGUAUUCUUUAUUUUUUUGUGCUAUCCUGAAAUCAAGUGUUUAUUUUGUUUUGUACUGAACUUCAAAUAAACAUAUCCAUUUUACUUUA